AUGUCGUUUUGCCGGACAAUUUUCGUGGUCGCCGUCGCGUUGGGCGUCGCCGAGGCCGGCUUGUUCGGCUUCGGGUCGCGCGAGAGCGUGGACGCCAGCGCCGAAUGGCGCCACUACCACGACCAAGACGCGAUGGAGGCCAAACUGAUGGAGGUCGCCAAGAAAUGCAGCAACGUUUCGCGUUUGUACAGCAUCGGAAAGUCGGUGGAAGGAAGGGAUUUGGUGGUGAUUGAGUUCUCCACCAGCCCCGGAAUUCAUGAGGCCGGUAAGUCGCGAGGGGUUUGGGGAUUUUGCGGGGGAUUUUCUCACGGAAAUAUUUAACAGAUAACGGAGUAACUGUCCAUCAUAAAUCUCUGGAGGGCUAUAAUUUUUGGGCCGUAGGUAGGGAACCAGCAAAAAAUUGUAAAAUUGCCUUGGUCCCCCUUUACCUACUUUUUUCCGACCACCAACCUCUGGUAAAAUAAGCCUGACUAACCACGAGCCUUCGUCGUAAUAGUGAUUAGUAUGCGUAUAGCAUCAUUUACGAGCUAAAUUUACUUAAUGCCACAAUACUUCGCUACAAGCAGCCCAAGUUAUAAGAAUUGUAGGAUUUCGUGGGAAAAACUGUUUUUUAUUCCGGUUAAUUAUUCAUCAACGAGAUUUUGAGAUAACCUAGAGAUUCCUUACAUAUUCAAGAUGUAAAUUAUCAUUACCAUCCCGAAUCAUCAAAAUUAAAAUGAUUUUUUUAAUCCCCAAUUCUUUUCAAGUCAACUAAUCCUAAAACAACAUUCAGGCAAGCCGGAAAUGAAAUACGUCGGUAACAUGCACGGCAACGAGGCCGUGGGCCGCGAGCUCCUCAUUCGUCUGGCCGACUACCUGUGCAACGAGUUCCACAGCGGCAACAAGGACGUUGUCAAGCUGAUCAACACCACCAACAUUCACAUUCUGCCCACCAUGAAUCCGGAUGGAUUCGAGUUGGCCCUGCACACCGUAAGACUUUGAAAUCGUGGUUUAAUUAGGCCGUACUUGUGGCUGAUGUGCUCACGCAUGAAAGCAGUUAGAUAACGGCGGCGUUUGAUGUUCGUUUUGAAGGCUUUGUUAGGGAAGGAACGCUGACGUAAAUUCCGAAGCAAGUUUAGAUUCGGAAAUCAAAUUUGGGUGGCCAAAAAUGGCCAACAGUGAGCCUUACGAGCACGAAACAUAUACAUCAUCUUUACAGUAGCUUGAUUAAAAUGUCUUUUCCAUUUCUUCCGGAAAAGGAAUUUUAAACAAGCUUUUUAGAUGAUAUUAUCGUAUUGUGCCGCUCUCUUCAAUAAGAUCGCAAUAUCAGUUUUAGUUUUUACGUUGACAAACUUUUUGUUUUUUUCAGAAGCCCGAAGACCGUGGCUGGCUGGUUGGCCGCGCGAACGCCAACGGCCGCGACUUGAAUCGCGGCUUCCCCGACCUCGACAAACUUUUCUUCUUCCUCGACGAACAGAAGGCUGGCCGUUACGACCAUCUUCUCGACAUCUUCAAGGAUGAAAAGAACGUAAGUCUGUUCUCUCUAACAGCCUCAAUAAUGACGUUCUUCGUAUAAUGAGUUGUUCUUAAACAACGUUCUCAUUUCUAGUACGAGCCCGAAGUGCGAGCAGUUGGUCAAUGGACUUUGUCCUUGCCCUUCGUCCUCUCAGCCAACCUGCAUGAGGGCGAUUUGGUGGCCAACUAUCCGUUUGACGCGUCGGUCAUGGAGGGAAUGAGCGAUUACUCCAAGUCCCCCGAUGACGUCACUUUCCGCCAUUUGGCGCAGACCUACGCCAGCAACCAUGCUCAUAUGGCGAAGAACGACCAUGCUCCUUGCGAUGGAACCCCAUCCGACAACUUUGCCCGACAAGGAGGUAAAACCUUUUCUACAGCCCACCUUCCUGUUACGGUUUAUUCGGAAAACGAGUUUCCUGUGCAAAAAUUUAAUGCGAUAAAUCUAACAAAAAGUGUUUUAGGAAUCACCAACGGAGCCAAAUGGUACUCCGUGAGCGGUGGAAUGCAAGACUUCAACUACUUGGCCACCAAUGCCUUCGAAAUCACAUUGGAACUGUCUUGCCAAAAGAUGCCCCCGGCCGAAGAGCUGCCCAACUUCUGGACCGACAAUAAGAAGGCUCUCUUGGAGUUCAUGUGGAUGGUGAGUGCCGACCUUUUUAUAAUUUGAAUCAUCGCCCAUUAUUUAUGCCCCUCAGCCUUCAUUAUUAACGAAUAUCUUCCUUUAGACCCACAUGGGAGUCAAGGGAGUGGUUGUGGACCAAAUCACCGGAAAGCCCAUCCCGAACGCCGUCAUCUGGAUCCGCAACCUGACCUCCACCAAGAACGAGGCGCCCAUCAAGCACCCCGUCACGACCGCCCUCUCCGGCGACUUCUUCCGCCCCAUCAUCGACGGACAGUACCAGCUGGCGGUGGAGGCCGAAGGCUACCAGCCCGAGAUGAGAGCCGUCAACGUCACCAACAAGGCUCAUGGUGAGGCGCAGAUCGUCAACUUCCAACUGAAACCUCUUCAACCCGCCUUGGAGAUGGAGAACGCCAUGGAGAAUCUGCCCGAACUCCCGUACGUUCCCACCGAACUUCUUCAGGAGCAACAGCAGGAAGAGCAACAACAGGCUCUGAGUGAGGAGGAGGCCAUCGAAUUGAUGCGUCUGAUCCAAUCCGCGCGCGCUCAGAAUCAACCACCUACCUAUUAUUGAAGGGUAAGACGAUAAUUAUGAUGUUUUCAUACUAUGAUAAGGUCAUAAGUGGUACCUAGCGUUUAACACAAAUAUCUUUCUCCUCAAUUAAGACCAGAGAAGGCUUCAGAGAGUCACAAUUCAAUUCAAUUUAUUCACUCUAAUCACAUGUAAAAUCAUGGAGCGUAUCAGUCGGGAUUCCAUUGUCUGGUCAGUAUAAGGUCUCUCCAUCUCCGGCCAAUACAACAAAAAGAGUUACAAAGGAUAUAAAAUAGCUCCUACGACAAGUACGACAAGUCAAAUUGGCUUUUCCGUAAUAAUCUAUAUUGUAGUAGACAUCAAUUGCAGAAAAGUUUAUUUUCAAGCCUUUCUUCUAUUCUAAAAUGAUUCCACUGAGGACUAAAACCUUUUCCAAGGUCUGAAAAAUAACCUAGAUCAAUCUAAGCACCAUUAUCAUAGUGAAAAAAUCAAUUUUAAUGCAAACUUCUUACUAAAACCUCUCCGAUUUCAGGCCCAGAAGAAGACAGAUUUGGCGGCGACUAA